GAAUAUCCGCGGGAGUUUGGAAAGUCACUCGAUAAACCAAAUAACUGAGGCACCCUAGCUUAUCCAUUAAUCUCUCCCAAGCACCAGUUCUUCAGUUUCUGUGGUCAUCAAACCUAUAACUGGGUAGAUUAAGUGCGUGGCAAUUUGGAUGGGAGCUGUUCUUCGGUGUCAACCAUGGAGCCAGUGACUUUGUCGCAGAUCUUUAACGAUCCGUUGUUUAAUGACAUUUCCGAAAGUUUUUUGGAUGGAAUCGAUGUAAACGAUUUCUCUUUCGAUGUGUCUACAUUUUUGGAUAGCCCUGAUGCGAAAAAUAUGGAUGAUGAAGUUAUCUCUAGUCGGUCUGAAAAGACGACUUUAGAAUCACUUCUGAAGUCUGAACCAACUUCAGACGUUUCUACAACAAAUACAGGUUAAACCAAUUAACUUCAUGACAUGAUUCUUUUAGGGCUGCAAUUAUGGGAAAAUGAACAUAACAAACAAAAUUUCUCUUGGGAAAUUCCACCUGUCCAUCGUUCUACAUUCCCUCAAGUAAAGGCAGAUGGUCAUGUUUGUGCACCCAUUCAACGUACAUAUGAAGUACCACUAAUAUCCAGGCUAUUAUGCGAUUCUGAAAUCCAAAAUCUUAAUAAAAACGGGGUAGACUCAAGUAGGUCAUGUGCCAUUCAAUACUCUUCGAGCAGCUCAGGUGCUGAAAAGACACACUUUGUGAGCAACAAGAAUGAAGAAGGUAAAUGUCUUUAGAUUAUUGUUCAUUUUUACAAUUUUGUUCUGCCCUGAUGUGGUGCCGUACCUUGAACCGACCCACGUAUUUACCAGGUUCUGUUUUUUUGAUUUAUUUAUUUGAACGCAUAAAUAUUGAUAUAUAGGGGCACCGAAUACAUAUGCGCUACAGAAGUCAUUUGAUUUGUGUGUGAUUUAUUUAUUUGAACACAAAUAUUGGUACAAGAGGGCACCAAAUAUAUAUGCACCACACAAAACAGUAAAAAUUCGAAGAGAAAAAAAGAACAAUAACGAACAGAUUAGUGUAAGAUAGUGUAAUAGUAAUAAUGGGGAACCGAAAAGGUACAAUCAGAAGAAAUCUUUCAGUUAAGGAAGAUACAACCAUUUUUUAUGAAGAAAGUAAAAGAAGGUUACAGCAGGAUCGCCACUGGCUUCUUUUCUGAGCCAUAUCUGAUACCGUCUCUAGCCACUGUGUCGCAUCAUCACUCGGACCCCAGCCAGAGAGUCGUGAAGGACCAACACAAGCCAGCCCUUUGCAGUUUUCUUUUAUACCACGACACCAGGUCAUACACUGACCACCUCUUCGCUUCUUCCAACCAGUCCCAGAGUCGGCAAAUAAUGCACGACGUGGAAUUCUCUGGGACGACAUUCAUAGAACAUGUCCGAGCCACCGAAGUCGAUGUUUUAAGAUGGUGACACCAAUUGGAUUAUCAUCUCUGUGACCGAACACACGAUGCCGAACGUUUGCAUUACUAACAUAGUGUUGCCACUGGAUGUCAGCAAUCCUUCGGAGACAACGAUGAUCAAACAAAGAGAGUCGUCUAACAUCCUCAACUCGAAGUGGAGCUGUGGUACUGCUCGAGUGCUCAGACCGAAGCAGGUGGUUUUCUUAGGGGGGCACACCCGGAGCCUUCAACCUAAAGGUCUGACCCAAAAGACAGUGAAUAAACUUUAUAUAUGAAUACUUUCUUUCCAGGCACUCUUUCUUAAUAUUUUCCAUUUUAAAAGUGCUGUGCUUUACAAUGUUUUCACCAUAACAUCCAUGUGACGUUUUUGAGAUAUGAUCGAUGAAAUUUCGAUUAUACGGACUUGUGGUUUGAAGGCGAAGUCGUGGUGCCCACUGUAGAUUGUGACGGUAGUAAGGCGUUUUCCUCGGACAACCAGCUUCUGCAGCAAUGCUGCCUUCUCAUAAAGGAAUGAAGGUUUGAGAAUGUCGACCCUAGAAAUAGCACACCCCACCUAUUUUCGUUGCCGAUGGUAAGGCCCUAAAAGUACAGGGCUAACUCAUCUAGGACUACUCAAAUCUUUUUCAGUGUACUCACCCGCUGUUUAGCCAUUGGUUAUUUUAAUAAUUUCAUAGCAAGUCCCUUUGGAACUUCCUGUUACUUUGUUCGGUUAAGUUUUUGCAGUCAACGCAUUUUCGUUCCAUGGCUUAAUUUUCUAGCUACUCAUUAAAAUUAAACUACUAAUGCAUAUACAUAGGAUUUGGAUUUUGAGUCAUGUCAUUUGAAAUUCCUGACUACUGGAUAUAAAACAUUAAGUCGAAUGUGUAUUGCCAUUGGUAUUUAUUUGUAAUAUGUGGUUUUUGGUAAGAAGAGCACUAAAAAUAAGUGCCACAUAGAAUGCAUUGAUAAUAUUAUGAAGCAGUAAAAGUCAUACUAAAUAAUCAAUAAAUAAAUGAGAUAGUGUAAAAAAGUAUACAAGAUACGUGUAAAAUAUUGUUCCGUAAAAGAUAUUGUUCAAUUUAAAAUGCAGGUAAGAUAAAUCUCGUUCACCUAAAAUUACUUGAUUUGAUGAAGAAUAUGGUAAAACAAAGCACGCCGAAAUUGCCAUGGACUCAUAUCUUGAUCCAUGCAAGACAACGUUUCAACCCACUGAGCUGUGUGACCUUAACCAGGAAAUCAUGAUAAAUCAAUAGACAGUCUAUACAGUGACCUUUCAUAUCAUAGAAUUAUAACACAAACUUACCACCACCAUUUUUGUACCUAGUUCUAUCACUGGCAAGUAAUACGUUAUGUAAGCCACUGUUUCAAGAUAAUGAAAUCAGUUGAAUUUUCGUCACUGCGUCCAAACGCACACUGUUAAACCUUGGCAUUACUAACAUGUUUCUACCACUAGAUGUUAACAGUCCUCUUCAAACGAUGGUGAUUGACUACAAAAAGUCUCCAAGUAUCCUGAACUCGGAGAAGUUUAGUUUCGAUAGUAUUGAGCUGAAUUAUUACCGAUGUGUUGUAUCACCAGGCUUUUACAACCAGACAAACAUCACGAUAACUCUAGAAAUGAUCCAGGUUGACUUAAGCUGCUCUGACUUCCACUGUACGUAAAUUAACUCCUAGUAAUACUACUCUUGUUUUUUGAUUACCCAUUAGACCGAUCCGAUCCGAAGCACAUGUUUUGGCCUUCAAAACAUUUCUCGUUAAUGAUGUUUUAACAUAAUGGGGUCAUGGAGUUUGUAGAAUUUUCGUAAUUCAAAUCAAACUGAUAUUAGCUAAACCAUCGUUGAAAACCAAGACUCACUAGAUGUUUGUGUCAUCUUAGUAUGGGGGUCCUUAUCAGUGUUCAUCCACAACCCCACUGUGGAUCGAAGCCAUUAUCUCCGGCUUCACGCCUAAACACUUAACCGCUAGAACACUGAGCUGGGACCUAAUGGUAUAUACGUCGAACUUCAAUAUUGCCUGCGGUUGAUAACUUUUAAUCAUGUAACUUGUUUUCUCACUACAUUGUAUUAAAAAUCUCUUCUGGCUUCUGUAUUUAUUGACCAGUCGGUAUUCUUUACAUGUUUAUUUUAAGACAACAAAGUAAAUGUAGAGCAAUGUGAACAAAAACAUGAAACCAUUAAACGAGCACCUCAUAAUGCUAUUGAGAAACGUUAUCGUGCCAGUAUAAAUGGGAAAAUUGAUGAACUCCGUAGGCUUCUAACGCCUACAUCAUCUACUGAUGUUAAAGUAAGUUAUGAAUUUUUCGUUGUUAAGAAUCUAUCUAAAUGCUAGCCGGCUGUUGGAUUGUUAAUCAGAUAAAAUAUGAUUGUGUACCAUAGAACUUAAUUAAUGGCCAUUAAUUGUGCAUAAAGCUGAAUACAUUUUAUGCUGGAACUAAUAAUGUCAGUACUUGAACAUUUUCACUCGAUGAUUAUGGGUUGAAUGUCUAGACCAGUAGUAAUCUGCAAUUGCACCGCUCAUCCGAAUGUGUCAUCUAUUUUUGUGGAUUGGAUGGUAACACUUUUCAACCGCAUUUUUAUUGUUUAUACUAACUGUUACAUUCAGUUAUAUUAUUUUUCUACCGUGUUUCUUUGAAUAAACAUUGUUUGCCCGCUAUCUUACACUUUUGAGUAUAUUUCUUACAAGCAGGUCAUUAUUUUUGUGUAAACAUUACUUCUGAAGUUAAAUAUAUACAUUAGUGGUGGGCCAAAGGUUGCAACACUCACUUUUCAACCAUUAGAUAUCAGUUUCAAACCCACCUAAUAUAGUUUGGGCAGCCGAGUAGUGGUAUCACUAACCGUCACACAUAUAGCGCAUCGCAGAGUCAAUUAAAUAAAUUUUCUUUGCUUAAAGUAAUUGGAUAUAUAAUAUGUUAUUUUAUUUUGUAUUUACUGUAGAUGAAUAAAUCUGCUGUUCUUCGUCGUGCGAUCGAUCGUAUUCGUGAACUUGAAGAAAGAAACGCACAAUUGAAUACUGAGUUAAUGGCUUUCCGUUCAUCUAAUGCCUCAAACGUAUCCUACGUUGAUUCUAAUAAAAGUACAUCCGAAAACGAGUUACUAUCAUUUGAAACAUCACCAUCUCUAGACAAUCAAAAAAUGAAUGAUUAUUAUCAUCAAUGUAAAACUUCUCCACAAAGUUUUUCCAGUGAAUGUAUACCAUCAUCAAUUAAUCAGGUAUUUCAUUUUACAGGUAAAUCUAAUCAACCAACAAAUUUAUCACCGUAUAAUUCAAAUGGAAAAGAAGUAUCAGUAAAAAAAAUGAAAGAAUAUUCUAAUUCAUUUCAUUCAUCUUCGUUAUCUUCUGCAUCAUCAUCUUCAUUAUCAUCACCGCCAUCACUUAAUUCGCCGCCUAAUUUCCAAUUAAAUAAUGAUAUCAAGUUUAUUACUAAUUCACAAUAUUCUGUUUCACCACCAUCAUCAUUGUCAUCAUCACCACCACUAGGAAUAUCUAACGGCAUUGUCAUUCCAUCAUUUAUUUUACAACAUCAUGAUUUAUAUGAUAAUAAUUGUAUUAAUAAUGAGAAUUUACCAACCCAUCAACAAUAUCAAUAUUAUCAUCCAUUAUCAUCGACCUCUUUACUACAAUCGUCAACCACUCAAAAUUCUUAUGGAUCGCAACAAUUAUUCUGUACACCACAUUCAACUGUUAUUUUACCUGAACAAUCAGUGAUGAUGAAAGAUGAUUGUACUCGUAAAGUUCAUCGUAAACGUUUAGCCGAUGAUUCUAAUGGUGGUGGAGGACGAGGAGCAUCGUUUACUCCGACCAAGGCAAGAUGUGGCCAUCUACUAGUUAAUCAUGACUUGGAAGUAAAAAAACUAACUGUCCCACAUGUAAAAGAGAAAUUCAACUUAAUUUCAACAAACAACAUUUAUAAUAAUAAUAAUAACAAUAAUAAUAAUGGUAAUGCUAAUAGAAAUAAUACUAUACAGGCACAGUUCCCUACUGUAUGUCAGUUAUUAUGUGAAACAAAUUCAUGUUCACAUACACCUAUGUUAACAAAAGCUAAUAUGCCAAAUGUUAUUGUAAAUCAACAAAAUCAUCCGAUUGGUGGUGGUUAUAAUGAAGUGAUAGCCCGAACUACUCUAUGCGUUGCUGCUUUAUGCCUUAUUGCUUUCAAUCCAGCACAAAUAACUAAUCAAGUAUAUACGAAUAAUGGUGGUACUACCUCAAGAGACAAUAAAAUAUCAAAUGCUAGAACUUUGCUCUCGUAUUUCGAUACGUCUACCAGCACAACUUCUAAAAGCGGCAACAUAAUCGCAACAAUUAUCCCUAGUUCAUGGCUUAUAUCAAUAAUGUAUAUUUUACAAUGGUGUAUUGCUUUAUUAUUAUGUUCAUGGGCUUGUUAUAAAAAGCACAUACAUGUCCAUCUUUUUAAUUAUAGUUAUUAUUGGUCAAAGUCAAGAAAUACUGCAAUUUCAUCGUACGAGGUUAAAUCACAUUUUAGACAAGCUAAUUUAGCUAUUAGUCAGCUGACUUGGUCUGUUGCUGAUUAUCACUUGAGGCAAUGCUUACAUUUACUUGACAGUACACAUUGCGAAUUGACUCAAUCUGGAUCAACAAUUUCUUUUCCUCGAUAUAUUUAUUUAUGUAUAUGGUUUCUAAUUAAACUCGGAAUUAACUUGCUUAGUAUAAUUUUAAUCGAAUUGCCUUGUUGGCUUUGGAUGUGUUCUUUUAAAAAGAAGGUGGAUCAACCUAAUCCGAUAAUAAACAGUGGUCAUUCAUACUCUAAUGAAAAGAGUAUCAUCUCUGCAGCUGAAGUUCGUCUACGCUUAAUGGAAUUAUAUUUAUUUGACUAUGUGCCGAAAAAAGCAAAUACAAACAAUUCUAUACUUUUUAAGUUCAACCGUUUACUGGAUAGUAUCUCUCUAGCUGUAAUGUGUAUUCACGAUUUUCUUCAUUCUCUAACUACUCAACAAAUAUAUUGUACCAACGACAAGUUACAUGAAAGUAAUCAAAAUAUAGGAAUAUCAUCAGCUAUUGAUAACAAAUUACCUAUCAAUCUUUUACCUAGACAAGGUGUAACACUUGGACUCUUUCUAAAACGAAAACUUGGAAUGUAUUAUCUUGGUUCUCUGAUCAUUCGUAUGACCGUUCAUGUGACUCUCCGAUUUCGUUUGUCGAAUUUAUGGAUAAAUUGGUUCAAUAAUUCAACAUUUAUCGAAUUAAUUAUUUCAAAUAAAAAGUUGAAUUCAUGCGCUAUAGGUAUCAAUACAACUUAUUCAUCAUCAUCAUUGACCAGAUCUUCUACAAAGGCAGUUGGUUUACAUGACCAUUCAUCCAACAAAAAUCUGUCACUAGCGGAUUAUACAGAAAAGAACAUUAUUAAUCAAAUAUUGAUUGAAUUACGCGAGCAUAUUACUUGUCAUUGUUUAAAGGUUAUAUUGUAUGGUAAAGUUGAUCAGGUGAAAAGUUUACAGUCAUAUAUUCAUCUACUGUCGCAAUUAUCACCCUCAUUAAAUGUAUACAAUAUGAAUAACUACAGAACUAGUGAAAUUGAGUAUGAAGAAACUAGUGAUCAAGUUUCAUGUGCUCACUGGUGGGCUCAAAUGUUAAAUAUUCUUUGGGAAUAUAGGUGUGAUCAAUUGACAUUACCUGUACAAUCAUCAUCGUCAUCAAAAUUGUUAGUAACAAGAAAUCAGUCAAAUCAAGCAUAUCAUGUUGUUACACCUCAAUCACUUUUCAACUGUCUUUGUUUGGGUGAUCUAGUUAAAGUUUUAUCGAUCAUUAAUAAAUUUGAUUCUUUGGAAUGGAAAUCAUCUUCUUGUAUGCUGCACAGUGUAUGUUCUUCAUUAAAAAAUCUUAGGAAAUCUUGUCGAAAUUUGACUAAUAUCAAUACGAUUAAUAAACAACCUUCUGAAUCCGAUCUUCAGUUAGAUUAUAUGCGAUUCAACUUUCUGGCUUGGUCUAUGGUCGCCACUAGUUGGUUUAUUGACGUUUUAAUUAUAAAAUUAAAAAAUCUCAAUCAUAAUGAUAAUGGUGAUGAUAAAAUAAUGAAGACUAUAACAACUAAAACGAUGAAAGAUCGAUCUACAGAAGUAUUUCAAGGUUUUAAUGAUGCUUUGUAUUUAUUGCAUCAAUUAGUUGAUUAUUUUAAUAUGCCUGCAUCGAAUUGGAUUAGAGUAAAGUUACGAAAUGCGGAAGCUGUUCAUCGUUUGCUAACUGGAGCAUGUCCGACUCGUGCACGAUUUGCUCUCUUACAAAAUUAUAGUCUCUCUUGUUUACCUUCCUCUUCUGUUACAGGGAAUAUUAAAGAUAAUCCAAACAAACUGGAAAAUAGUGAUAUUUCCAUUUCUAAUGCAUCUAACCAUAUUAGUGGUUGUAAUGGUCAGAAUCCACUUGGCUUUCAUGAUCAUUUAAAUGGGAAUGUAUCUGCAAUAGUUAAUCGGUCAUCACAGAGAAAUUGUAUGCUAAUACAAUCACCGGGAUGUUAAACGUAUUUUUGUUUUUCGUCGUAAACUUUUGCUAUCAUUAUAAAUAAUUUUCUCAUUAAACAACGAAUAGAUAAUCAACUUUUUUUCACAAUAGCAAACAGUUUUCCCAAUCUCCUUUUUUAUGACAAACAAUUUCCUUCAUUAAAGUCUUAGAUUUUAGUCAUCAAAGAUUUUGGUUUCUUUCGUAUCGUAUCAGUGACUGGUUAAAUUAACUCGUUGCUAACGAGAGAAAAACCUAAGUAUUACAUAACUAACUGUUAUUUUCGAGCAAACUUACGUGUUUCAUUCACUGUUAUUUAUAUAUAUAUAAUUUCUACUCAACAGUUAAUAAAUCAUAAUUGAUUAAUGCAGUCAGCUUUAUGUAGUAUGAUUUAUGAAUAAAUGUUUGACGUUCUGCUUAUUA